GCAAGCCGUAGUGGCAAGGCCGUGUUUAGAAGCGCGCUUUCUUUGACCGAAAUGAUAUGGUAUCGCGUAGUUGUUAAUGCUGCAGAAUAAUAUGUUCCCGCUCUACGGCCGUGUCUACGCAGGCUGCAAGCGCAGUUUAGUAUCAGAGUUGCUGGAAGAGUUAAAAGCCAAGAAGAAAAAUGAACGACCCGAUGAGCAACUCGUACGCCUUGAACAACGUUGCGAACCGCUGUUUCACUUCGUUCCCCGGGAAGCUGAACCGGAACCAUUUGGUGAUGUUCUCGACGUGGAAAUGUCAGAAACUGAAGAAGCGCAUGAAGAAAUCGUGCCUAGCAAUACCCGUGUAACCCACAGACCCGAUAGGGAUGAACUUGAAGUGUGUGGCGCCCCAGACGAUUUGACUGACCUUCCAGAAGAAAUACAGGUGAACAUUUCAAAGAUUAAGGAGGCCCUACACUCUUGCGAUGAAACUGCUGUUCGGACAGCUGACCUGUUCUUUAUGGUUUCUGCAAGACCAGAGACGGUCGCAGCGGUUUGUGAUGAACUCGAGACGGACACUAUCGCUGAUUCAAAGAUGCAACUGCUGCUGCGUUCGUUUGCAGAACUGAAAUCGGAGAUAAGUCUCAUCAACGGUGUCGUUUUCGUGAAGUCUGCUCUUUUGCCUAAGGUUUCUAACUUGGAAGAAGGCACCACAGCUCGUUCACUUAUAGAUUCAAUCAUAGCCUUUGCACAGGAUAUGCCACAUGUGACAGUUGAAGGCCUUCUAGUCCCAUUGGUCUCUGCUGAAAGUAUGGGCAAGACACAAGCCGAUGUUGUGCAAACACUCAUCAAGGAGGGGAUACCAAAAGACUAUGCUGCUAUCUGCUUGAGGCGAAUGCUGCAAGAAUCAAGGGCCUGUAUCGAGUCGCUUGUUGCAUUUGUGCACACAAUAGUCCUCAAAAGGGGUCCACUAGAAAGUGUGUCCGCAGAAUUAGUCAACUGGCUUACUUCUGUCAAGGACGAAAGGAGUACUGACAGCAAGUUUUCUAAGCUGCUUAUGGAUUUUGUCAGCUUUUAUGGCUCACAGAUGUCACCUGCUUGCUUGGACAGUGUUGUGAAAGUUGUCAAUGUGAACAGGACACUGCUGAAGAAGCCAAUCCAGAACAUGCUUACAAAACUUACCACGUAAAUAGAUACCUACAGGUGACCUAGGCAUCAUUUUACGAUAUGUACAGUGCAUUAAAUUAUUCAUUAUAUAUGUGUGUACCAGAUAUGUUCUUGAUAUACAAAUGCAUUAAAAAAAAUAUAGUUUAUUGCAUC